CGUGAUUGAUUCAGGAACCAUCGCAAUUAUCGCAAUACAGCCUCAAGAGUAAAGUAAUAGUUAAGAAAUAAAAAAUAGAAACAAAUAGGAGAAGUAUGGUUAUUGAAACUUCAACUACUAGUGGUUCUAGUAGUGGUUUUAUUGGUAGUUCAAGUUCUACUCAUGAUGAACCACCUCCAUCCUAUGCUUCGCACGUUUUUGAAGAUCUUGGUCAAGCCCCAAUUAAAAUAUUGAAUGCACUUUUAGAUGAUGGAAAUGACGAUGAUAAUAUAGAACAUGUAGAACAUUUCAAAUAUAAACAAGUUCUUGAAAGAAAAUUAACGGUAACUUCUAUUAUAGGAUUAGGAUUUUCAUUAAUGGGAGUACCGUUUGGUUUAUCGUCAACUUUAUGGAUAUCAUUAAUGGAUGGUGGGAAUGUAACUAUUCUUUAUGGUUGGUUAGUUGUAGCAUUUUUUUCAUUAUGUGUUGUAUUAAGUUUAAGUGAAAUCAUUUCAAAAUAUCCAACAGCUGGUGGAGUUUAUCAUUUUAGUGCAUUAUUAAGUAAUGAAAAAUAUUCUUUAAUAUCUUCAUGGUUAACUGGUUGGUUCUUAUUAAUUGGAAAUUGGACAUAUUCUGUAUCAAUUAUGUUUGCUGGAUCUCAAUUUAUUUUAUCAAUUUUUGGUUUAAGAGAUGCAAAUUAUAAAGAAGAUAUAUUUUUAGUUCUUGGAGUUUACUUAAUUAUAUUAUCAUUAUGUGGAUUUAUUAAUUUUAGAUUUUCAAAACAUUUAGAAAAAAUCAAUAAAGGGUGUAUUUAUUGGACAAUUUAUACAGUUUUAGCUAUGGAUGUUUUAUUAAUUUUCUUUGCAAGAAAGACAAAUUCUAUUAAAGAUAUUUUAACAAGUUUUGAUAAUUCAAGAUCAGGUUGGCCAGAUCCAUUAGCGUUUAUGGUUGGUUUACAAGCUUCUUCAUUUACUUUAACUGGUUAUGGAAUGUUAUUCUCAAUGACUGAUGAAGUUAAAAAUCCCGAAAGAAAUAUGGCUAAAGGUGCUAUAAGUGCUAUAUUAAUUUCAACAGUUACUGGACUUAUUUUUAUUAUACCUCUUUUAACAAUUUUACCAGAAUUAUCUUUAUUAUUAGAUAAAACUCCAGAAAUUAUGCCUAUUGAUCUUGUAUUUAAAUUAUCUACUGAAUCAUAUAUAGUAUCAUUCUUAUUGGUUCUAUUAUUAACUGGAACUGUUAUUUUCCAAUCAAUUGGUUCAUUUACAACUGCUUCAAGAACUACUUAUGCUUUUGCUCGUGAUGGUGGUUUACCAUUUAAAGAUUAUUGGGUAACAGUUGAUUCUGUUGAUGAAUCAACUAUUCCAAAAAAUGCUUUAUUUUUAUCUAUGUUUGUUUGUGGUUCACUUUCUUUAUUAUCUUUAAUUUCACCUUCAGCUUUUAAUGCUUUUAUGGGAGCUUGUGUUAUUUCAUUAACUUUAGCUAAUGGUAUUCCAAUUCUUUGUCUUAUGUUAAAUAAGAGAAGAAAAAUUAGAGGAGCUGCAUUUAAAUUGAAAAGAGUUGGAUGGAUUUUAAAUGGUCUUUCAGUAUUCUGGGUCAUUUUUCUGUCUGCCAUAUUAUGUCUUCCUCCAGUUAUAAAACAUAUGACUUGGAGUACAAUGAAUUAUGCCUCAGCUGUAGUUGUAUUAUUUGUAGCAUUUGCAAUGGUUGGUUAUCGGUUAUGGGGGGUUGCAAGUUUUGAAGGCCCUCAAAUUGAUACAGAUUACUUUGAACUUCAUAAUUUAGAAGCUGCAAAUAAUAAGGGACCUACAAUUAAUGGAGAUGAAUCAUUUGCUGAGACAUCUGGUGAACUCAAUAUAGUUGAAAAUGAUUCAACCACUGAGCCUUUAAAUAUUCAAGCACAUGAAUCAGAGUUUCAAAUAGAAGAAGAUGAUGAAGAGGAAGAGGAAGUAGAGGAGGACGAAGAAGAAGAAGAGGAGGAGGACGGAGGAGAAGAAGAGGAAUAUGAUGAAGGGAAUUAUGCCGCAACGGGUAUGAUUAAUAACGAUAAUAAUAAUGAUUCUCAGGAUAUAUUUAUAGAAACGGACGGUUAUUCAUCAAAGACAACUUCUGAUUUGACUCUCCUUCGAGGAUCACAAGAAACAGCUUCGAGUGUUGAUGAAACAGAAGUCUUAUUUGAUGCUUCAAAAGAAUAUAACAAUAAUUAAUGAUUGCAUAUAUAUACUUUAUAAAUAC